GACCAGACACCAUGGUGGCCAGACGUUGUUUACGUAGUGUACCUCUCUUUUUCUGAAGUAGGCCGGUGAUACGUGAGGGAGUGAAUGUUAUUUGAUUGUUUAACAGCUGCUGGUUUCAGAAGCCGCUGAAAUGUCUAAAGACAACCUAAAGGAUAAGUUAGAUGGAAAUGAGUUGGAUUUGAGCCUAAGCAACCUCACGAAAGUGCCUGUAAAGGAAUUGGCAGCUCUCCCAAAAGCAACUAUCAUAGACUUGUCCUGUAACCAGCUGCAGACAUUACCAGAUAAUAUCGGCAUUUUGUCGCAUAUUGUUAAACUGGAUCUGAGCAAGAAUGUGCUCACCAGUUUACCGAAUGGAAUUGGCAACCUGCCAAAGCUUCAGCACUUGGACCUCCUUGGUAACAAGAUCAGAACGUUACCCACCAGCGUCGCGCAGUUGAAAGCCCUGCGAUGGUUAGACUUAAAGGAGAAUCCGCUGGAAGAGCCUCUUAGACGAGUUGCUGGCGACUGUUUGAAUGAUAAGGAAUGCAGAAUUUGUGCAACAAGGGUACUAGCUUACAUGAAAACUAAGAAAACAGAAGAUGAGAAGAAACGUCAAAAAGAACUUCAAAUUUUAAAAGAACAAGAAGCCCAGAAAGAGAAGCUUAGGCAGAAGAAUGAAGAAAAGGAGAGAGAACUUAAAAAGCAACAGAAAAGAGAAGAGAAGGAGAUGCGACGGAGGCAAUACGAAGAAGAGCAAGCCAAGAAAAAAUUAGAAGAAAUGGAAUUGGAGGAAGAUGAUGAAGAAGAACUCAUUCAGCAAUCUAAUGGAGUUGGUGUCUCAGAAGGUCAUCAUGCUCAGUCGGGGCCCACAUGCUGGGUCAUUUUCUUCAGCAUAAUCUUCCUGCUGGUUGCGGUUAUCAUAGGAAUAUUCUUCUACUGCGACACAUAUGCAAGUGUUCCCCAGUGCGAGACAUUCAACGUUUAUGUAGAAAGGUGUCAGAAGUAUGUACAGGAAGUAGCAAAGCAAGCUGGGAUAUCUUAAAGGGUCAAAAAUCAACAGGGAGAUAAUUUGCAUAGGCUGGGAUACUGGCAAGAUUUAAUUAUUUUUUGGCAUUUUAUUUUUUUCUGGGGUACUAUUCUGAACCCUGGGAAUGUACAUUUCUCAUUGCCACGAUGAAAACCAUUGUACUUCAACAUAACAGAUAUAUAUUGCAGAGUAAAUCAAUUAAUAAGAUGAUGGGAGGCUGGGAAGGGGAGGCUAAUUUGAGGGGAAGCCACUUACGGAAGAUCUGGAUAUUGUAUGUUGUGAUACCCAUGUUCAGCUGACUUCAGGAAAAAUAAGAAGGAACUUUAACUCGCAAAAUAAGGUGAUUUUAGGUGCUUUUUAACAACUUGACCAUGAUUUUUGGGGUGCGCGAAUAAUUUUUGGAAGUUUGCAUCCCCCUAGAUACGCCACUGAUAGAAAUGUUACAGUCAGUCAAAAUACGUACCACAGAAAUUCAUUAACAAAUGAAAGCUGUGUAUUAUACAAUAUCAGAGUUUUGUCUGUCAGAUUAAUCAACAAUAUAUUUAAUCAGACUUUUGUUUGUACAAGCUUUGUCCACAAUAUCAACUUUUCUUUGACAAAACAAUGUUUUAUGCCCAUAUAUAGUCAUCGUGUCACAAAUGAAAGCUGUGUAUUUAUACAAUAUCAGAGUUUUGUCUGUCAGAUUAAUCAACAAUAUAUUUAAUCAGACUUUUGUUUGUACAAGCUUUGUCCACAAUAUCAACUUUU